UCCUGGGCGGGAACAGCAAAAUGGCGCCAGAACUGGUGGCGGGCUGAGGGCACUGGUCGGUCCCCUUCGGAAGCCGAUCCUGCGGUCCCGGCCCGCUCUUGCCGCGCGCCCGGCCCCUCCCGGACAUGGAGGACGUAGAGGCGCGCUUUGCCCAUCUCCUGCAGCCCAUCCGGGACCUCACCAAGAACUGGGAGGUGGACGUGGCGGCCCAGCUGGGCGAGUAUCUGGAGGAGCUGGACCAGAUCUGCAUUUCUUUUGAUGAAGGCAAGACUACGAUGAACUUCAUUGAGGCAGCGCUGCUGAUCCAGGGCUCUGCCUGUGUCUACAGUAAGAAGGUGGAGUACCUCUACUCGCUGGUCUACCAGGCCCUCGACUUCAUCUCUGGCAAGAAACAGGCGAAGCAGCUCUCCUCGGUGCAGGAGGACGGGGCUGCUGGGGCUGCUGGCUCUGGGGCCCCCCAAGAGCCAGAGGAUGAGUUCCUGUCCCUGGAUGAGCUGCCUGAUGCCCGGGCCUGUGUGGACCUGAAGAACAGCCAGGCUUCCAGUGAAGUGGUCAUUGUGCCCCUCAUGCCUAUGGCCCUGGUGGCCCCGGACGAGGUGGAGAAGAACAGCCACCCUCUGUACAGCUGUCAGGGGGAGGUCUUGGCCAGCCGGAAGGAUUUUAGGAUGAACACAUGCACCCCCCACCCCAGAGGGGCCUUCAUGCUGGAACCUGUGGGCAUGUGCCCCCAGGAGACACUGCUGCAGAGGACCCAGAAAGACACCGGGAGGGCUGAGGAGCAGCCACUGGAAGUCUCUGUGUGCAGGAGUCCUGCCCCGGCGCCCUGCUUCUCCCCGGAGCCAGAAGGCCUGAUGCCUGGAGGUGGGGGGGAUGACAGGGAUGACGACGAGGAGGACCAGGCAGCGGCAGAGCUCCCAGAGGCCGUGGUCCCCGAGAUCCCUCUGGAGCCGAGCCCACAGCAGAGUGUCGACCUGCCCCGGAAGUACAUGCUGCGUGAGCGAGCGGAGGCCCCUGUGCCCAUGUCCCGGCUGAAGGCCCUGGACCCCUGGCAGAGCCUGGACCCCUUCGACUCCCUGGACUCUAAGCCCUUCAAGAAAGGUAGGCCCUUCUCUGUGCCCCCCUGCGUGGAGGAAGCUCCAGGACAGAAGCGCAAGAGGAAGCGUGCCACCAAGCUGCAAGACUUCCACCAGUGGUACCUAGCCGCUUAUGCCGACCAUGCUGACAGCAGGAGGCUGCGGAGGAAGGGCCCAUCCUUCACAGACAUGGAAGUUCUGUACUGGAGACACGUGAAGGAGCAGCUGGAGACCCUCCGGAAGCUGCAGAGGAGGGAGACGGGUGAGCAGUGGCUGCCAAGGGCUGAGGAGGGGCUGUGGCCUGAGGAGGAGGAGCGGCUGGAAGACUCCCUAGAGCACCUUGGGGAAGCAGGUGAUUUUCUGGAGCCUGAGGACUACUUGGAGCCUGAGGGGACAAGGCCUGGGGAAGCUGAUGACCUAGAUGCAGCAGCCAGGCCCCCGUCUCUGAGCUACGAGGAGCUGGUUCAAAGGAACGUGGAACUCUUCAUAGCCACCUCCCAGAAGUUUGUCCAGGAGACGGAGCUGAGCCAGCGCAUCCGAGACUGGGAGGACACCAUCCAGCCCCUGCUCCAGGAGCAGGAGCAGCACACGCCCUUUGACAUCCACACUUACGGGGAUCAGCUAGUCUCACAGUUCAGCCAGCUCAACGAGUGGUGUCCCUUUGCCAAGCUAGUGGCUGGCCAGCCUGCCUUCGAGGUGUGUCGCUCCAUGCUGGCCUCCCUGCAGCUGGCCAAUGACUACACGGUGGAGAUUGCCCAGCAGCCAGGGCUGGAGGCUGCCGUGGACACCAUGUCCCUGCGCCUGCUCACACACCAGCGGGCCUACAAGCGCUUCCAGACCUACGAAGCCCCCUCGAUGGCCCAGCCCUGAUGAGACACUCAGCCGGGGUGGGUGGGGCUGCCAGCUUCCUUGCCCCAUGUGUGCUGGGACACAGAGCACCUGCUUCUUGGCUGGCCCGGCAUAAUAAAGUAACAUUACCAUCCCAUCUACCCACCACAACAAUCUUAAAACCCUUGUGCAGAGAGAAAGACUGCCCAGUGCUGCCCCCUGACAGGUGACCAGCUCGGGC